UGAAGUUGAUUAAAAAUAGACUCAACUCAUUGCAAUUAUUUAUUGUUGCAGCAACACAAUGGCGACAAAGUUGUUCAAUCUAACUAAAAUAUGUACCCAAGUUACAGAAAAAUCCCCUAUUCCAAAGCAGUCCAAGAGGUUCCUGUCUGAAAGCAUGAGGAAGAAAUAUGAGAGAUUUCAAAUAGACGAUGGAGUACCAGUUUAUAAAAAGAAUGGGGCACCAGAUGUAAUUUUAUUGAGUAUAACAACUCUACUCAUUGCAAUUGGACUUGCAGAUGGAUUGUACAGUAUUUUGCAAUUAUCUUUUCCAAGAAAAAAAUGAUUUUUUUUCAAUGUUAUACUAAAGUUAGCAAGUAGAUUAUUAACAUUUUCAGGCAUAAUGGGAUAAAAACUGUGAAAUA